AGCACCGGAUACCACACACCUGCGCACUUGGGCGCGAUGCACCGCCGCCUGAGAUGUCCGUACGUCCCGCGCAGCGGGUGCCUGGUAGCGCGGAUGCCCUGCAAAAGCAGCCUCUCCUCUUCUUUCUGCUCGUUACGGUCAACACUCCAGCAAACGCCGCAGUCAGCGCGCUGCGACAGCAUCCUCACAUCCUCCACCUUAGUGACAGCAGUGCGGGGCUGCAGCAGCAACACCACCACCACGACCAACGCGACUUCUUCGAGUUCUGCCACGAUAGAUACGACAAAGGUAGACGGCACCGCUGGGCAGGAAGGUGGCGGAGACAGCGUGCCGCUCCCGCACCUGGUGCAGGAUGAGGCCGCGGUGGCACUGCUCCGCUCCAUCGCUCCCCCAAGCACGACUGGAGAUAUACAAGAGAUGCUAAAAGGCUGCAAGAACGCACACGAGGUGCGUCAGGUGCUGGAGAAGGUUGUGUACAUUCACUCCUUGUGCUUUGAUGUGCUGAACGGCCACGGGUUUCGCGUGGUGGUGCUGCAGACGCUGACGAACGUCGCGCCGCGCACGGGGUGCAUGAUGGAGUGGUUUGACUGCGUCGACCGCUUCCGUCGGCUGGGCUUCGUCCUAACACGCUCUUUUGUGGCCGAGGGCCUCACCACGAUCCGGCAGUGGCUGUCUCAUGAGUUUCAGGGGAAGGGUCGCGUACCGUCGAUUCUGACGGAUGGCACGGCGCACAUCAAGGAGCUGGUGCAGUGGUGCCUCGAGGACCGCCUCGUCUUCGACCACGUCCUGUACACUCGCAUCGUCUUUCUCUUGACGAUGAUCGUCAGCUUCUUCGAUCGACAGAACCUGUACCGCAUUUCCUUCCCCGACGACUUCGCGAAGCGCGACGGCAUCGUGGUGGAGUGGGUCGUCACAAACGAGCGCUGCGUCGACUACGACGAGUGCGUCCUGCAGUGUGACGCGUUGGUCGAGGAGCUGCUAGAGCAGAUGCGCCACCACAUCCCCUCGCGACCGCCCUUCAGCUUUAUGUUUCGCCUCGCCGACUACUACUUCGCCACCGACAACGUGGAGAAGCUGAUUGCCGUGAUGGAGGACGCGGAGAGCUACGGGGUGAACGUGGCGGAAAGCACCACCGCGAAGCUGAUGCAGCUCGCCUGCGCCUUCAACUACCCGCAGGUGCCGGAGUUGCUGCUGCGGUGGCGUGUGUUGCUGCCGCAGUGCGUGCUGGCCACGCCGGACAUCAGCCGACUGCUCUUUUACUUCAGCCGGUCCGGCGGCGGGCAGCCGUGCCCGCACUGCGGGGAGCCGUACAACCACCGCAACUCGAGUGUGUAUAACUGGCUGCAGACCCCACCGCACCAGCGGCAGUGUCCGGCGCUGCACACGGCGCGGGUGCAGAAGGGCGAGUUGGAGGAGUCCCGCGAGUUGCCGCAGAACGCCGAUUGGUCGACGCAGGCCUUUCAGCUCUACGACCUGUCGCGUGAGCGGGCGAUUGAGUGGACGGCGACGGAGUGGCGGGGCUUCUUGCUGUGCUGCAUGUUCUCCCCCCGUGCCCUGGAGGCGAAGGCGCUGCUGAACGCGCACUUCUCCGUGCGAAGCAUGGACGAUUUCCUACGGGCGACCUACAUGCGGCUGCUGCGGCACCACGCACCGGAGGAGGCGUGGCCCACACUGGAGGAGUGGCGGGCACAGCAGUGCAACAUGUCGCCGAUUGCCUUGCAGGAGGCGCUGAUGGCCACCGCCAUGAUUGCGGAUGCUGCCGUGCGGGUGGGGCACAUGAAGCAGGUGUGGAGUUUGCUGAUGGAGAAGAACAGCUACGUGAUGCCGCUGACUCGACGGUUCUACGAGCGACGACUGCGGGAGCUGACGAAACAGCACGCUGCUGCUGCUGCUGCUGCUUCGGUUGACCGCGCCGUGCAGACGGAAGAGUCGCAGCUGAUGAAUUUAGUCAUUACGAUGCUGCCUCGUCACGUGUCGUUGCUCGAUAUGAAAGACAGCGCAGCGGACUUCGUGGUCGGCACACGGCGCAAGAACGUUUAUCACCCCCCGAUGUCCUGA